UGACUGCAUGUAAAUUUCUGGUUUUAACUGUACAUGCAGAACUCUUUUUUUCUAUAUCUUUUCGUGUAUCCUUGUGAACCGAAUUGUCAUUAAGUUGUUAGCCAGGCUGUAGCCUAUUACUGUAUUCUGCACAUUAUAGGCUAUUGUAUUUUAGCCUACUAUGGUCUUUUAUUGAACUGUAUUGUACUGCAUUUUAUUUAUUUUAUUUUAUUUUAUUGAACUGUACUGCAUUUUAUUGCAAUGUAUUGUUUUGCAUUAUGUCUUGAACACUGGAUGCCAGAGCAACACCAAACAUUUCAUGUAGCCUGUAUGAACAUGUAAUGUUGUCGUGUGCAUAGCACAAAUACGUUCUUGAGGAACUGAAUAAUAAAAAUAAUGAUCAGUCCACAGUGCAUUCCUCAAGAGCACGUUCGACCGUCUAUAUUCGUGAUAUUAUUAAUAAUAAUGCCAGACUGGAGGAAUGUGCAGCUUGAACGCAUGCGCGUUAGUACGCAAGCCCCUCAUCCGAAAAAUCUGAUGUCAUCUUGCCGGCAAUAUUAGCCUCUCUUGUGUCUGUAUACUGACUUGCAAUCAUAUCUCACUGUAAUAGAAAGAUCGCUUGUAAAUGCUGAAGGGUCUAUGUUGCAUGUGUCGUUUGAUUGUGUGCGCGCUCCCGUCAUGCAUCUCAAUGGAGCGAGCAGCAGCUGAUCUAGACGGCUCGUUUUGCUGGAUGAAGGUGGACGCUUAGGACACAACAGGUUAUUGGCGAUUUAAAGGAGAGAAAGACGAUGUCUUCGAGAGAAAGACUGAAAGAGAAGAUGAUUAAAGAGAGCGUGACUCUGCUGCCAUGCUUUUAUUUCGUAGAGCUUCCACUCCUGGUGUCGUCUGUGGUCAGUGUUUAUUUUCUCGAGUGGACGGACAUUUUCAAACCAGUCCGCUGGGGUUUCAGUUGCCACGACCGCAGUUUGAGUUUGCCUUAUAUUGACCCAACGCAUGAGGUCAUUCCCUUCCUUAUGCUCCUCAGCCUGGCUUUCGCAGCUCCUGCUAUUACGAUCAUGAUCGGAGAGGGGAUUCUGUUCUGCUGUCUGUCCCGAGCUCAGUGUGGAGGAGGAGCUGAAGCCGAUAUCAACGCCGCCGGCUGCAACUUUAACUCUUUCGUCCGCCGUGGUGUCAGGUUUGUGGGCGUUCAUGUGUUUGGUCUAUGUGUUACGGCUUUGAUUACGGACAUCAUCCAGCUGUCGACAGGCUACCCUGCGCCGUAUUUCCUGACGGUCUGCAAACCAAACUACACUCACCUGAACACGUCCUGCGAGGAGAGUUUCUUCAUCCUGGAGGACAUCUGUUCUGGACCUGACGCCGCGCUCAUCAAUGCCAGCAGAAAAUCCUUCCCAUCACAGCAUGCUACGCUGGCAUCCUUCGCUGCUGUGUAUGUUUCGAUGUACUUCAACAGCACGCUGACGGACUCAUCCAAGCUCCUGAAGCCUCUCCUGGUCUUCUCCUUCAUUAUCUGUGCCAUCAUAUGUGGACUAACCCGCAUCAUUCAGCACAAGAACCAUGCCAUUGAUGUUUACCUGGGCUUCCUGCUUGGAGGGGGCAUUGCUGUUUACCUGGGUUUGUUUGCAGUAGGAAACUUCCAACCAAGCAAGCAAAAACAGACAAGUCAGCUUCACGUCCGAGAUCCUCAACGAGCCAUGGCUGAACUGUGCCAGCAAGGUCACCACCUCCCUGCAAAGAGCUGCAGCAGCACCGACGGCCUCUCGUCUUCAUGCUCUGAGGGAAUCCUGCACCGCAACACUCAACACCACCAGACGGGAUCCCGUAGUGGAGAUGUGGAGGUCAUCUCUUCCCGCAGUCCUCCACACAAGGACAACAUGGUGACUUUCAACACCUUGCCCAGAGUACAUACGCCUGCAAUGGAUGAGUCUGCCUACCGAAACGCCACCAUCCACACCUCCUCUGUGGACUCCAGUAGGUCCAAGCAGCUGCUAAUGCAAUGGAAGAGUAAGAAUGAGAACCAUAAACAUUCCCUGCACGCCAUGGAAGGUGGACAAGCACAGUCCCCUCCACACAGCAUGGACGUCCGCUGCAAUUCUGAACCUUCGGCAGUGGGAAUGAAUGGUGAAAAUCAGGGCCCUGGAACCCCAUACUUAAAAAUGGCCACCGGAAGUACAACUCUACCAAGCAACCCAAGCGGGAUUGCUGGCGGUGCUCGGAUACCCAUGCAGCCUCGGCCUGGCUCUUCACAGUUGGUCCACAUCCCAGAGGAGACGCAGGACAACAUUGGUGGUUUGCCAAAUUGCAGUAACUCCCGUGACAAAUGGAUGAAGAGCAUGGAGAGGACUGCGGAGAAGGGUGGCGAGGUACCAGUGGUUAGGACUAACUCUAAUGGCCAGCCACGCAUCAUGCAAGUGAUUGCGAUGUCUAAGCAGCAAGGUCUAUUGCAGGGAAGCUCUCCCAGUUCUGAAAGCAGCAGCCACACCAGCUCCACUGCACCAUUACAACGAUACAAGAGUCUAACUGAGGAUUCAGGAGUUCAAGGCAGCACUGGAGCAAUUAUCCGGGUGGAAGCUCAUCCAGAAAAUGGCCGACCCUUGGUGCAUGCGCACUCCACAGAUGGAAGUGGCUCCUGGACGUGGAAGUCCCAAAGCAGCUUUAGACAAUCAUUUGAGCUUAAUGACUUGAAUCGAGACUCGGAGAGCUCAGAAUCUGCGAGGGACAUGAACAGUUCUACGGACAGAAAGAGCUCUAAAGACAGAAAGAGGAACGGCUUGAAUGCACCUAAAGCUGUGGCUGUGCCAACGGUCCCGACUGUUCCAAUUGUCUCCACAGCAGGUGGUGACCACCAUCCCAACCAGACCAUCUCCACCAUCCGCGUCACUCCGAUGGAAAUGACUGAAUCCGGUCCUGGAAGUGAUUCCAGUUUGCGCAGGAAAACCAGGAUCCUCAUCCCUGAACGAGGAAACAGCCCAGAUAACACCAGGAAUAUUUUUUACAAGGGAACAUCAACCACUCCGGUUUUCAAAGAGUAGUCGGACAUUAUCUCACCAAAAACAAACAAAUGAAGAAACUAGAAGAGAUUGUGUUUUCACGUAGACACAUUUGCUGUUUUACACGUCUCCGAUGACGUCACUUGUUAUGCAUGAGGUUAUUCACUGACUUUUUAAAUACAUGUAAGACAGCAAGAAAAGCACAAAAUCCAGGUUUUGGUCCUAAUUCUGUUUACUAUUGUGAUAAUGACAUUGACAGCUUAUCACAUGGAAAUGGUCUUACCUUUGUGACACUGUGAAGCUGGAACUGUGCCAAGUUUGAACUGCAACACUGUUUAAAGCAUUCAACAUCUCAGAUAUACUAAAAGAUCUUUCCUAUAUUCAUACUGUACUUUCAUAUCACAAACUCAUUCAUACAAUAGUAACUAUGCUAGCUGAAACUCUUAUUUUUAUAUAAUGUAAAUAACUUUUAACCUUGGUGCUGCCCAAUUCUGAGAACAUUAUGUAAAAAAAGGAGAAGUUAGGAAAAAAACAUCUUAAAGUAUAGAAAAGAAAUCUGUUUUCCAGUUUGUGCUGUGCACUCCUCUGAAAACUGUGUCAUUUGAACUUUCUAAUGACCGUAAGUGCUUAGAACAUUUUCUGUAGCAAACAAUAGUCAUAAAAUGACAUGCACUUCACAUUUAGUACAUGCAAUACAAUAACUUUACGUGUCUGUAGGAAUUUGUACGUAUAAGUAGACACAUGAAAGAGUCUGUCAUGUAAACAGUGAUAUUUUAUAUAUCCAAAUGUCAAAAAUAGAAGAAAAGUUCUAAGAAGUUACUCACGUACAAAUACCAAGGAAUGCUAAUCUUCCAACAUAGGCUCAUUCUUAAAGCGUAAUAAUGUAUACAUUACUGGAGAUCGCAAAUUAUAUAGCCAAAAACGAACACUUCGGGGUGGUAUUUUGCCGUUCCUUUUUACGCUAACCAGCUGACCGCUUACCUACAUAUGGAUGGCUUUCCUGCUGUUACCAGUUCGUCUAGUAGCUUGCAAUGUACGUCGGAGGACUAGAGACACAGGGAGGAGUUGACCUUAAUGUCAGGGUUCGAGUCUGGCGAAGAAAGAUUCCAGAAAGCAAGUAAGAUAAAAACAGAAGCCAAUAAACAAGUAAAUAACAAGGUGAGAAUGUUGUAAACUCUGAAAAAAUGCUAAAAAUCUGGGGCUUCAUGUAUCAAUGGCACGUACGCACAAAAAUUUUGCGUACGCCAGAUUUCAUGCUGACGUUUGGAUUUACUAAAGAUUA